UUUUCCGAUAGUAAUCCGCAAAAGUUCUUGUCUCGCUAGCCUCGGUUGCAAUUAAAACCUGAAAUGUCAUCAUCUACUGCCUUUCGUGUAAAUGGCAUUAGAUUCCAUCGCCAUGAUUUUUUGGGUAGCGGUGGCUUCGGUUCGGUGUUUUGUGGUACAUAUGAAGGUCGACGUGCCCCAGCCAAAAGAAUUGAGAAGAAAAAUGACGAAGAUCAAGUAGUUGACAACGAGUUAAAAAUUCUUGAGCAAUUAGACCAUCCCAAUAUAGUUAAAUUUUUCCACUGCGUCAGCGAUGCUGACUUCAAUUACUUUGCUUUGGACUUGUGCGACGCAUCAUUGGAUCAGGUGUUCCUAAAUGAGGACGAUCCUCGGAAAUAUAAAGGACCUGAAUUACCAAAUAAUUUCGAAAUUUUCUCCCAGUUAGCCACUGGUCUCAAUUACAUCCAUUCAAAGAGACAAAUCCACCGGAACAUUAAACCGGAAAAUAUUCUCAUUUCUGUGAAACAUACUAACCACGCUGAGGGGAUAACGAUCAAGUGGGCUGAUUUUAGAUUGCCACGAGAAAUGAAUGAACGCGGAACAUUCACAAUGAGUGGAAUCAAAGGGACUCAACAUUGGUUCGCUCCCGAAGUCAUGGAAAUGAUGGGCAGAAACCUACGCAUUGAAAAAACUAAAGAAUCCAGCAAAAGUGAUAUUUACGCAGAAGGCCUCGUCUUCGGAUAUAUUCUGUUGAAAGGAAGACAUCCCUACGGUAACAGUGAUUUAGAAAUUGUGAGGAACAUCAUGAACCAAAAUCCAGUUAAUAUGAGUGAAAUUUCCCACAAGCAUUUAGCGCGUAACUUGAUAGAAAAAAUGCUGGCCAUGACACCUGAUACAAGAAUUACAUCGGAAGAUGUUGUUACUCAGCUUCAUUCCAUAAAAAUCAAACUUACCGAAGCGGAAGAAAACCUGCAUCGACUGUGUGCAGAUCAGUGCCAAAAAAUAGAAUUUAGGAUAUUGGGAAAAAGAAUAUGGGGAUUUCAAAAUGAUAUUGUGGAUGAAAUCAUCUCUUUAAUGCAACUCGGCAUCGACAUAAACGCAAGGAACAAAAAAGGAUGGAAUGCGCUUCAUCUGUUGUGUCAUAAUUAUUCAGGCCCUACCUUAAUCGAUGCAAUUAAACUCUUGAUCGAACUCGGCAUCGACAAGGACGCUAAGGAUAACGAUGGAUGCAAUGCGCUGCACCUGUUAUGUUUCAACAAUUCAAGUCCAAGCUUAAUCGAUGCGAUUAAACUCUUGAUCGAACUCGGCAUCGACAAAAACGCGAAGAAGAAGGAUGGAUGCAAUGUGCUUCAUCUUUUGUGUUGUAACAAUUCAAGCCCACUCUUAAUCGAUGCAAUAAAACUCUUGAUCCAACUCGGCAUCGACAAAAACGCACAGAAGAACAAUGGAUGGAAUGCGCUUCAUCUUUUGUGUUUUCACAAUUCAAGUCCACACUUAAUCGAUGCAAUUAAAUUUUUGAUCCAUUUCGGCAUCGACAAGGACGCAAAGGACUACGAUGGAUGGAAUGCGCUUCAUCUGUUAUGUUUUAACAAUUCAAGCCCACACAUAAUGGAUGCAAUUAAACUCUUGAUUGAACUCGGCAUCGAUAUAGACGCAAAAACCAACGCUGGAUCCAACGCGCUUCAUCUUUUGUGUUGUAACAAUUCAAGUCCACAUUUAAUCGAUGCAAUUAAACUCUUGAUCGAAAUCGGUAUCGACACAAACGCAAAGAAGAAUGAUGGAUGGAAUGCGCUUCAUGUUUUGUGUUAUAACAAUUCAAGCCCACACUUAAUGGAUGCAAUUAAAAUCUUGAUCAAACUCGGCAUCGACAAAGACGCAAAGAUCAGCGAUGGAUCGAAUGCGCUUCAUGUUUUGUAUUUUUAUAAUUCAAGUCCACAUAAAAUCGAUGCAAUUAACCUCUUGAUCGAACUCGGCAUCGACAAAAGCGUAAAAAGAAGCGACGGAAGCAACACGUCUAACAAUUCAAGUUCACACUUAACCAAUGCAAUUAAACCCUCGAUUAACCUCGGCAUCGAAAAAAAAACAAAGAAGAACGAUUGAGGGAAUGCGCUUCAUCUUUCAUGGCGAUAUGAUUCAUAUUUCAAGCCCACACUUCAUCGAUGCGCAAAGGCCUCCUUUUUUGGGCUGUUUAUUAAGACCACUCGCAAGAGGAAAAGGCAAACAAAAAUUCAAACAAAUCUUCCUGCUACAUUGCAAUAAAUGGGACGGAUCAUCAAAAUCGGAAAAAUACGGCUAACUCCAUAACUUGAUCAAUCGCAAAAAAUAUUAAUUGAAAUAUCAACGGAUAUAGUCUAAUUAGAUAGUUAGAUAAAUUUUCAUGCAAAAAAAAAAAUAAGGAACUGCUUGGUGGGCUACCUCACAAAAUGUGAUACAUAAGCUGGAACCUGAAUAAAACGAACGUUGUAACAAUUGAA